CGCGCACGCGCCCGCACAUCUGAAAAGUGAGCGCCCCCGCCCGGCGAGCGUUCGCUUGUGGUCCCGCCACGUUUGCGAGCAACAUGUCGAGCGUCAGCUGGAAGCCUUUCGUCUUCGGCGGCCUCGCUUCCGUGACGGCGGAAUGCGGUGAGUGACGUGACGUGACGCGACGCGUGGCUCACCGGUUGGCCCGAGCGGAAGCCGCGACGUGCUGCGUUUGUGUGUUGCAGGCACGUUCCCCAUCGAUCUCGCCAAGACGCGUCUUCAGGUUCAGGGCCAAGUGGGCGACAGCAAGUACCGCGAGAUCCGCUACCGAGGCAUGUUGCACGCCAUCGUCAGGAUAGCGCGCGAGGAGGGCGUCCGGGCGCUGUAUUCGGGGAUCGCUCCCGCCACGCUGCGCCAGGCGUCCUACGGCACCAUCAAGAUCGGCACGUACCAGAGCCUCAAGAGACUGCUGGCGGAAAGGCCCCAAGAUGAGACCCUGGCGACCAACGUGCUGUGCGGCGUUCUGGCCGGAGUCGUCUCGUCCUCCAUCGCCAACCCCACGGAUGUGCUGAAGAUCCGCAUGCAGGCCCAGGGACGGGUGAUCCGAGGAAGCAUGAUGGGCAACUUCAUCAGCAUCUACCAGCAGGAAGGGACCAGGGGGCUUUGGAAGGUCCAGCUUCGUGUGCGGCCUGGCGGGGGCGCUGGCCUCCAACCCGGUGGACGUGGUCCGGACGCGGAUGAUGAAUCAGAGAGGAGCGGCUUUGUACCAGGGAACGCUCGACUGCGUGCUGCGGACGUGGCGCUCGGAGGGUCUGGUGGCCCUCUACAAGGGCUUCUUCCCCAACUGGCUCCGCCUGGGCCCGUGGAACAUCAUCUUCUUCCUCACGUACGAGCAGCUCAAGAAGAUCAACGUCUGAGCGAGCGAGCGGAAGAGACGAAGACCGCUUCGGAGGCGACCGUCUCCCCUGUCGGCGGGAACCCCAGUUUGCCGUGGGAAAGAGGUGCACGUGUGUGUGUGUGUGUGUGUGUGUGCGCGCGCGUUUGCGUGGGUUUCCUCAGGCCUGCCGCCGCAAAGACGGCCGGGGACUUUUGCACGUACUUGAAUGUGAUAUUUGAGCUCAUCCAAAGGCUUGGUUUCGUUGCGGUUCGCGUACGGCCAGGUUGCUUUUGGCACGAGGCGCUUCGGGAGGCCUCCGCGCGUCGCGUCACGUCGAGUGCCUUCAAGUUGCCAGAUGGAGAAUGUCGCACGAGUCGCAGGGCGGCUGACAAUCACCGCAGUCGUUCCGUCUCAAGGAGGGAGUGAGGAGCUCGCAGUUUGUCGCCGCGCUUUACAAAGGAUUUUUUUUUUUUUUUCUUGACUCUAAAUCGAGAAUCCAAACCAAGGAGACGCCGGUUUAUGUUGUCAGAAGUUAACUUAAAAGUCACUCCGAGUUCACCCAAAUGUGAAAGAUUUGAUGAUCGGGCAGCUCGCCGACCUUGCGUAGUUUCAUGUUCGUAUCUUCGAUUCAUAACCGUCUUUGGUUUACUGCUUAUUUGCACUACUGCCGCUGCAUGCGACGCCUGUUACAGUCGAGUCAACGUUUUUGCGCACGGUGCUUCCGUUGAGGAAAUGUUUUAUACUUCCUGGCUUUUCUGUCUGAAUGGCCAAAUUACGGGCAAACGUCAUUGUGUACCUUUUUUAAUGUCGCUGUCAAUGUGAAAUAAAAACCAAACUCAUCAAACAA